UUGAGUGAAAAUGCCAAGUCUGUCAAAUCUGUUUUAUUGCAUUGUUAUCUUAUCAGAUAAUAUCACAUGUGGUGGUGAUAUCACCCUGGAAAAGUGUAGCAGACAUGUUUGAAUACUAGCUAAUGGACUUCAUCUAUACAAAUUAAUCUUUUUAAAUCUCCAAGUGGUCCUGCAUGUUUCUUGAAGUAGUGGAACAUGGGUUGUUGCUUCUUACAAGAAUGCAAUUGCACAAUGACUGCUAUAUUUCUGAUGGUUAGUUGGAUAACAAAGCAUGUGAUUGCCUUGUGACCUUGUCCCUCACCGAGCCCUAUCUACUUGCCUCUUGGUCAUUACUCAGAGAUAAGAGAUCAAAUGUUCUUGUAUAAGCUCUUUCAUCUAUAUAUACUUGUCUGUGUGUGAAUUGGCAAGCAACUCAAGUUCUAGUAUCCUCACACACCAAAAGUCACCAUUUUUUCCUUCAACUUCAAGUAUUCAGAGAUUUUCUUUCCCUUGUUAAGCAUGGGUUUUCGUUUGCCUGGUAUUGUUCAAGCUAAGAAAGCUCUUCGACAUCUUCCCGGUACUGCUAACCAAGCAGCUCCAGGGGCCUUAGAUGUUCCAAAGGGCUACUUUGCAGUAUAUGUUGGUGAAAACCAAAAGAAGCGUUUUUUGAUCCCAGUAUCAUACUUGAACCAGCCUUUGUUCUUGGAUUUGCUCAGUCAAGCUGAAGAAGAAUUUGGGUUUGAUCAUCCGAUGGGUGGCCUUACAAUUCCUUGCAGUGAAGACAUCUUCAUUGAUAUCACUAAUCGCUUAACCAGGUCAUGAAAGAGUACUUGGACAUCGAAGAGGCUGAACCGUUUUGUAGACAUUUAGCAUUGCUAUGUACAAAACAAUUUAUUUCAUCUUUUUUCCUGCAUAGAUAUGUAGUUUGUUACAAAAUCUCACCAAAUUGAGAAUUAGAAAUAUCAUAUCAACUAAUUCUUUAGACUCUGUAAUUCUUUCCUUCUCUCUUUAGACCUGCUAUAGAAUUCUUCACUUAUUUGCCCUCAAUAUUAUCCAGGGGUUAGAGUUUGGUCUGGCAAUCUCUAUCUAUCUUAAUCAAUAACAUGGCUCUGAGUCUGUGGUGAAGAUGGUGUAACAAUGGGUUGGCUCAUAUAUGAUUUAUAAGGAUUGGGGUUCUCUCUUAAUCUAACACUUCAACUUUUGCGGUCAAGUUCUCCAUCUGAAACUAUAGAAAGGAUUAAUCUAUUUUUUCUCUUAUUUUGACCUAGCUCCCCGUUGCUUGUGAUUCAAGAAUUUACCCAUUAC